AUGGGUGAGGAUUGCCACAAGGUUGCAUCAUAUUCAAUCCAUGACCUAUUCAACAUGCAGGCUACUUGCAAGGUGUUUCUUGAUGCAGGUAGUUCCGACGCCGUUUACCAACAUUCGACGAUGUGGCAGAUACGGCUAGUCUCCUUUUUAUUUUACCUUGACCGACCUGAAAGGAGGUUCCUCGAUCGCUGUGUGGAAGCAGAAAAUGCGGAUACUAUACUCCGGCAGGAGAUGACAGAGUAUUUCUGGAUUGGCCGCCGUGACAUAGGGAUGGAACUGCUUGAUAGGGCCUCGACAGAGGGCAGCGUCGAAUCAGGUUACCUGUUUGCCAUUUGCUACUGUGUGAACACGAAGACGAAGAAGAAAUGCAAAGGGUGUUGA